AUGAUCGCACAUUUUAACCACUACACCACACCGGCACAUUUCGCCAAGGCUGAAAUCGCAUAUAAGAAUUCGAGCAUUUUCAGAGUGGGGGUGAUCACGUUGACUGACUUGUCUUUCGAAGAGGAAAAUGGGGAAAUGGAUGAGGAGAAGGACGACUAGAUAUUACUGAUAAAGAGCCGUGACGCAAAAUCGGAUGAGAAAAAGACAGAUGUACAGGAAAUUAUUGAGCUCUCGUCUGACUCCAGCUUCUCAGACGAGGACAUCGCCAUCGACGAGCCAUGUGAUCAUCUCUCUGAAGACGAUGGAAUAGUUUACAAGAAGUUUUCUACCUUGGAAAAAAAUGAUGCGGAAGAAGGUGAAAAUGCUGAAGAAGGCGAGAAAGAGCCGGCCAAUCAUGAGGAGCAUAAGAAGAACGAAAACGAGUUCUGUGAAUGGAAAGGACCAAUAGAAUGA